CGCGGCAGCGCAGUGAGGGAAAUGCGCCCGGCCGCGGGAAGAUCCAGCAGGGAGAACGGUAUAGGCAUUUAACCUUAAAUCUCUUCCAUCCGGUGCCGCAGCCGACAGCCUUCCACAUCAGCCACAGCAGACGAUGAAACUCGACCUUUGACAUUGACGUAGGCAGACAGACAAAGAAGAAGGUGACCUGCCUGCCCUGAUGGAAACAGACGACGAUGAGAUGAUACCCCAAUCUCGUGUACCUCCCACCAGCCCGACGACUUAGCCAAACACACCAUCAUCAGUGUGCUCACUCCCUUCCAGAUUCUGAUGACCUAUCUGAGAUCUUCAUGAAAAAUCGCUGCCUUCUGGAAAGAAGAUUAGUAUAAUUUUAUUUUGCAUGGUACAUUCCCACCCCUUGCAAUCAAGUUUUGAUUUGAAGCAAAAUAUAAUUACUGCACAGAGAAUCUUAUGGUAUGAGUUGACACAGAGCAUCAAUUAAGAAUCUUGUAGUGGAUGUGUUGGAGCUUAAUUAAUGAUUGUGUAACAAUGCAGUGAACAAAGUGUGUUUCAUGAAUAGCUCUAUGAAAAAUGUCCGCCUGUAACACCUUCACUGAACACGUAUGGAAACCUGGUGAAUGUAAGAACUGUUUUAAACCCAAAAGUUUGCAUAGUUUGACUACUGCUUCUGAAACCCCUCCUCGUUCAUGUAACAAUUUAAAAGCUAAUGCUAACCAUAGCAACAACCAGCGGGGAAGGUCAGGCACUGGUAACUUUCGGCCUCCUGUAGCCAAAAAGCCAACAAUUGCUGUGAAGCCCACAAUGAUGGUCACAGAUGGACAAACUGUGAGUACAGAAAUGGAGACAAUGGAAAGCUGUGAAAGUAAGCAUAUGUUUGUAGGAUGGAAUAAAAAUGGUGUUGUAAUCAACAGAAAAGUAGUAAAUAAUAACAAUAAUGAAGAGAGCAGCAGCAAUUCUCAGGGACCUUGUGGUCCAGACAGAGUUAGUAGUAAUAGGAAACCAAACAACAACAAUAAUGGAUUAACUGAUGUAUUGAAGGAAAUAGUUGGAUUUGAGCCUGAACAACAAUUACAAGACAAAGAAUGUGACAAAGAGACCUUUCUUGGAAGGAUCAACAAAUGUUACCAGCGCUCGUUGGAAAGGAAGCUUCCUCCAAGUUGUAUUGUAGCAGGUAUGAAAGAAAAUGCAGGGAAGCAUGUUGUACUCAGCAACAGCUCAGAGGUUAUCAGCAAUGAAGGAGGACUCUUUUGCUACCCAGACCCUUCAUUCAGUAGUGAUUGCAGAGUAGAUAAUGAUUCAAAUGAGAAUGUGACAGAAGAACGAGAAAGUUGGGAUGAAAGUGACGAAGAGCUGUUGGCGAUGGAAAUACGUAUGCGUGGUCAGCCACGUUUUGCUAAUUUUAGGGCCAAUACACUGUCUCCUGUCAGAUUCUGCAGUGACAAAAAGUGGAACACAGUGCCAUUGCGAAAGCAGUCCCUACUGAGAAUUUGUGCUGUUGACUAUGAUGAUAGUUAUGAUGACAUCCUAAAUGGAUAUGGCGAUGAAGCUCUGAUCCCAUAUGGCCAGGAUAGUUUGCCAAGUGUUUUAUCUUCUGAAUCAACAUCUCCUGAUUCAUCAAUGACAGAGGGAUCUCAAACAGGAACAACGAAAAUUAUGCAUCAACAGCUUUGUAAUGGUGAUCUUGCACCAAGUGACAGCAAAAACAUCAAGUCAAUUGAACCAGAUUAUGAAAGCAUUAAUGAAAGCGAGCAGGUUCCCCACCUAAAGCAGGCUCCAUUUAAACCAGCAAGAGGCACUGCAGUGAAGUCUCUUGAAACUCAUAAAGCAGUUCUUGCUCUGAGGUUGGAAGAGAAGGAUGGGAAGGUAGCCUUACAAAAUGAGAAGCAAGAUUUAGAUACAAGUUCUACAGACAUUUCUGGGCAAACAGUGACAAUUAAUAUUAUUCCAAAGGAAGAACAAGCAAAACCAUACAGGGUUGUAGACUUAGAACCACCAGGGAUGUGUAAGCCAUAUACUGUAGUUGAUGUCUCAGCAGCAAUGAACAACAAAAAGUCUGGUAGUCCAUCUGAAUUGCCUCAAGGUGCAAAGACUUCACCUACAAGUACAAACCCACCAACACCACCUCUGAGUCAGACGAACAACCAGAAAAAGUCAAGUAUCACUAGAUAUCAAGAAGUAUGGACUUCCAGCACAAGCCCAAGGCAAAAGAUGCCCAGAGUUGCUUUAAUGUCAAGUAGUUCUGGCCCUACACCUCCACCAAGACAGCUUACUCAUAAAUCUGCUCCUACUUCACCGACUAAUACAAAUGUUAUUUCGAAAACUAUUCCUGUAAAGUCACCAAAUCUGUCUGAAAUCAAGUUUAAUAGUUACAACAAUGCUGGGAUGCCCCCUUUCCCUAUCAUCAUACAUGAUGAGCCAACCUAUGCCCAGAGCUCAAAGCACAAGGCUAUAAAAGUACCAAUAGUAAUUAAUCCAAAUGCUUAUGACAACUUAGCCAUUUAUAAAAGCUUUUUGGGUCCUAGUGGGCCAAAUAUAAAGAAGGAAACUUCAGAAAAUGUGAUGAACCAUACAUAUGAGGAAAUUGGGUCAGCAGAAAAGAAAUCUGCAGGUUUGCCCCAAGCAAAAGCUCCAAGUAGCAGCAUAGAACAAAAGGUGCUUGGUGCAGUUGCACAGAAAGUGCAAGAAUUUAACAAAGCACAAAACAAAGCACAAAACCUGCCACAGUCCUCCCCUCAUAAAGGCUUUGGAUCCAAUCAGUGCUCUCCUUCUAGAGUUCAACGAUCUAAUCAAGAGUCACCAUCCCGAAAAGAAAGCACAGCAGAAAGGCAGAAAUCGCCAGCAGUUAGAGAAAAUGCCAAUGCUGUACUUUCUCAAAUAGUUGCAUCCAUUCAGCCUCCACAGCUGCCACCCGAAGCUCCUCAGACACAAUCAAAAUCUAGUAGUGCAGAAGAGCUCUACUGUCAACCUCCGGCCAUCUCAGAAGGUAAUAGCGACACUUAUACUCGGCCGAAAUCAUUAUUCUCUCCACAGGCAAACAGUGGAGCAGAGGUCUGCAAAGUAAUGGACAGCAGUGUUACAAAAGGGCAGAAAGAAAGUAUUCUUCCAAAGCAAGUUACUGUUCCCACAUCAAAACCAGGUACAAUGCAAUCACCAGGUGGAAUUAGUCUGAGUCCGAAGAAUGAACAACUGCCUCCAUUUCCACCACCACGUUCAACGUCAUCCCCUUACCAUGCAAGCAACCUUCUGCAUAAACAUUUCAGCAACUGGGGCAAGCCGAAUAGUCCCGUACGAAUAACUGAGUCUGAUUGUCCAUUGUUGAACUCAGAGACUCGUCAACGCCCACAAGAUUCUAAACCAAAGCGAUGGAUCUCCUUCAAAAGCUUCUUCCGUCGUCGUAAGACUGAAGAAGAGGAAGAGAAAGAGAAAGAAAAAGACAAAGACAAGUUAAUUGGAUUGAAUGGGCGGGUGAUACAUAUGUUGCCACCACCACCCAUACAACGUCUGUGCAGUGAACAGAAGAUAUUAGAGCCGUCUGAGAAACUGACUGCCAUAUUGAAUUACAAACCAGACCUUGGACUGGAUGACAUAAAGGUUGAGACUGGCAAAUUAGAAAUCGCUUCAGCGGACACUGAAAGCUACCCCACUUUGAAUGAAACACAGGUCGUGGCAUCUGGAUUGUAUAUUGGUGAAAAGUCGACAAGUAUUCCUGAAAGUGGAAAAGAGUACUGUCCGGACUGUCCGGAAAGCUCUCCUCCGCCUCCUCCACCAAAGAAAUUUAAUAACAACCUUCUGGGUGAGGUGACCAUUGAAGACAUGUCGCCACAGGAAUCAGAAGUUCAAAGGUCGGCACUGGCGAGCCAGGAAGCAUCUGGCACAAUGACUCUGGUGCUGACCACCACGGGAUCUCAGGAUGAAAAAGACACGGGCAGUGAGUCAGCUGAUGAAAGCAUCAGUAGCGCUACCUACAGCAAUUUGGUAAAAUCACAGAGCUUGCGGGCUGUGGAUGGAGGCUCAGCAACAUACGGAACAGCACCUCUUCUGAGAGCCAAAGGACAAUCGCGGGCCAACAUGAUACCCCUGAAGCAGCCGAGGCAAGUGAAAGGGGCUUCAGAUGAUGCCAUCGCAUUUGGAGGAUUUGUAGAACAGGAAAAUAUGUCUGAGACACAGCCAACACCGCCACCUCUUCCAAAGAAGACAAUAAUCCGAGCAAAUACUGAUCCAGCAUCAAAGGACUAUGUCCACAAAAUGAUAGAAGUGAAGAAUUCUGGACACAAUGUAAAUUUAGCAAAUCCACUGUAUGAUGUUGACUAUCUUGGGGAUACAAACUGGGAUGCAUCAAGUGCUUGUUCUUCAAUCAGCUCAGAUGCCAGGAUAUGUGACAAUGAGUCAGGGGACUCACUCGACAGAGCAGUGGGCAAGUCAACUGCAAAAGCAAGUGUAUCAUCGACAGCUAAUAGCAUAUGUAGCCUCACCAUGAGCAACAGUAAAGAGAGGUGCUCAAAUAGCUUGGAUUCGUUAUCUGAUAAAAACCGCUUUCCUCAAAGAUCUGGUAAAAGCAUACAGAAGCCACAAAGACACGCACUCUACAAAGGGAUAGAGAACAAAGAAGAGGUGGUGCUGAAGAUUCGAAAUCUCCACACCGACUCUCUAAAGAAAUUAGCAGCCAAAUGUGAGGACAAGUUCAUGGAGGGUCAAAAGAACCAGCUUCGCUUUGGAUUGGAUAACUGGUCGGAUUUCAGAUUGACUAGUGAUAAACCUUGCUGUGAGGCAGGUGAUGCUGUUUACUAUACAGCGUCCUAUGCUAAGGAUCUCCAUAAUCAAUAUGCAAUCAAGAUAUGUAAAAGUCGAGCGAAAGCCUCCCAACAGCUGUAUUACCAUAGUCUAGCUGUAAGGCAAAGUCUUGCCGUGCACUUCAACAUCCAGCAAGACUGUGGGCACUUCCUCGCCGAGGUACCAGUCCGCAUGCUUCCCUGGGAGGAUCCCAAUGCCCCAGUAUUAGAAGAAGAGGAUGAUGAAGAUAGGUCAGAAGUUUCACAUGAGCCAAGAAACAGCUCCAAUGGCAAAGGAACUUCCAGCAAGCACAGAAGUCGUGUGGUAGUCAUUACUCGAGAGGUUCCAUAUCAAACUGUUGCUGAUUUUGUGCGUGAAUCAGCUCCUCGGCACAAAAGAAAUCCAGACAUCUAUGAGCGACAGGUUUGCUUAUUACUGCUCCAACUCUGUGCUGGCCUCAAUCACUUGAAGCCACAUCACGUUACACACUGUGACUUGAGAUUGGAGAAUCUGCUCUUGGUGCGAUGUGGACAUGGAGCUGUGGGAAACUGUGAAGCAGAAAAUGCAAUUACAGGCACAGAAUUGCCAAGGCUUAUCAUUAGUAACUUUUCCCAGGCCAAGCAGAAAAGCCAGGUGGUAGAUCUAGAAGUCUUAAGGGAUCAGUCCAGACUUGCACCUGAGAUUAUUACCAUCACCCAGUAUAAGAAGUGUGACGAGUUCCAAACAGGAAUCCUCAUUUAUGAGAUGCUGCAUCUACCCAAUCCAUUCGAAGAAAACCCAGAACUGAAAGAGAAGGAAUACACCCGAAUAGACCUCCCAGCUAUCCCCAGGCGUUCAGUCUACUCCCAGGGGCUUCAGCAGCUUGCAGGUCUCCUUCUCCACCCUAAUCCCUCAGAACGCAUCCUUAUUUCAGACGCCAAAAUCUACUUGCAGUGCCUCCUUUGGGGACCAAGAGAUGACCUGGUCCAUACACUCCAAUCAUGCAGCAGUAACGCAGACAGAAAUAGCAUAUUGCAAAAUUGGCUGGACCUGAAACGGACUCUACUUAUGAUCAAAUUUGCAGAGAAGGCCAUAGACACUGAAUGCAGUGUUAGUCUUGAGGUCUGGCUUUGCUGUCAGUAUUUGGCCUUUGCUUCAGUAGAAUCCCUCAGUCAUAUUGUGAAGCUUCUGCAGCUCCAGUAACCUGUGUCACUGCUGCUUAAUUCCUUUCCUUCCCCACCAAAUUUGGAUUAAUGUGCAAUUUUUUGUAAAUGUUCCAACUUUGUAAAUGGCAGUAUUUAAAGUGUAUGUAAUAGAUUUUUACGUUUUGAAAAGUGAUGCCUCUCAUAAGCAACAAUUGCUUUUCUUUCCCCCAGGCACAUAAGCAAGCUGCUGACUUGCUCUUAAAAUGGAUUUUCAGAUGUCUGCUGUUGAAGCUAUGACAAUUUGUGUUUACCUAUAUCAUGCCUUGAAAAAAACUACAGCCACUUUGCUAAAUUUGCAUUAAUGGGUCAGUUGCACAAAAAGAGAUUAUCAAAGAAAUGUAUCUUAACUCCAUCAAUUUGUGGCAAGGUUGCUAGAUGGAAGAGGUAAAGAUUUUCUGUUUUGUAUGAGUGGGAUAUUUGGGGUUCCAUUAAGGAAUUUUGUUGAUUGUAAUCGAGAUCUUGGAGCCCUCUCUAACAUUGUCCUGAGUGCAUCUUUCUGCUACAGCAAGGUAGUGACAAGCAGGUCAAAGUAAAAGAUGGAGUAAUGAAAAGGGAAGAGUCCUUGCAUUUAGUGUGUUGCUGAUGAAGAUUGCAGUUUUAACAAUGACAUAAAUCUUCCAAACUGCCUUUCUUGUGGUUACUUAUUGUAAUUUCAUUAAACCUUAGCCGAACAAAGUAACUCCACAGGAUGCAGAAGAAUUUUUUACAUUGGAUAUUACAGCUCCUGUCUGUACCUGCUUAAUGCCAUGAAAAUACUUGUUAAUCUUUAACAAUAUUGACCUAAUGUUUAUUUGAAUUGUUACAGUGCAUCAUUGUUUUGCUUGUUUAUUUAAUAUUUGGGUCUGUUUGAUCUGGUGACAGCUUGGUGAUUGUGACACCCAGUGGUAUGACUGAAAAUCUAAAAGACCUGAUUGCUUCUGGCAAUAUCUUCCAAAUUUUGUUGUGAACUUUUCAGAUGAGUUACAUCUCACAUGAACAUGUCAGUGGAGAGAGACUGUAGCCAGAGGGCACAAAUGGCCUCGAAUGAAUUUCACUGUCUCCCCACCCUUCCCCUCAGUAUAUAGUGAAACAGGUUUGCCUGGUCACAGCAUGACAAAUGCACAGUGCAAUAAACUGGUUGAAGCUAUAACCCAAAAGGCACACAAUGUUGAAUUGCCUUCCUGCCCUGGUGAGAGAGCAUUGUCACCUUCAAGCAUGUACUUCAAAGUGUUUGUGUACUUGGAAAGGAGGGAAAGUAUUUCUUUACCAAAAUAUAUUUUCUAUUAUUAUGCACUCACAGUAAAGGAAGAAGUAUUUUAAUGUACUAAAACUUGAAAAAAAAACAGUAUUAUACUGCAGAAACUAAUGAACACAUUUAUUUAAACAGUUUGAUAUGCUGAGCUAUUUUGUCAUCUUAAGAGGGACGUGUGUGUUGCAGUUAAGAUUAGCAUCUGUUGCCCACUGCUAAUUGUCCUUGGGCAGUGACCAUUUUGAACUAUUGCAGUGUGCCUGGUGAAGCUGUCAUGUUAUUAUUAGAUGGUUUUGCAGGAUUUUUACCUCCAUGAUGAAGAAGGAGCACCUUAAAUUCUUUCAUCACCAUGGUGUAUGGCUCGGAAAAGUUAUAUACCAUAAUAAUUUGAUAAUAUUAAGUUUGUAGGAGGUGAUUUCCCAUGCACCUGCUGCCUUUAUCCCAGGCAGUAAUGGACUCAUGUUUGCAGAAUGCUAUUGAGGAGGCCUUGGUGAGUGACUGGGGCAGAUUUGUGGCAAAGGUGGGGGGAAAGAAUGUUUGGGAGGUGGCGGGCAUGUCAGCAAAGUGGUUGGUUUUCCCUAAGUGGGCUAUUUUGGUGGUGUUAGAGCUACACUGAUCCAGGCUUGGGGAUUUGCAAAGGAGGUGACUUGCCAUAGAAUACUGCCCACUGCUCUGUGUGACCAGUCCAUUGUUAUUUGUCAGUUGUAGACCCGCCCCAUGAGAGUGUUGAUCAUGGGGAUUCGGGGUGCAGCAGAGGUUUGAAUUGAUGAUGGCAAAUCUGUUGAAUGUCAGAAGAGUGGUUAUAUUCUUUCUUUUGGAGUUAACCAUUGCACCUUUAUGGCACAUUUGCUACUUUGUACUUAUAAGCUCAUGAUUGAAUUUUGUUCUUUUUUUGUAUGCAAGAAACUCCAACUGUGAUAGAACAUAAAACAGUACAGCUCAGUUCAGGCCAUGAUGUUAUACUGACCCCUUAAUCCACUCUAAGGGUAAGAUCAAUCUAACUCUUCCCUCCCAUAUAGCCUCCAUGUUUCUUUCAUUCAUGUGUCUAAGAAUCUCUUAAAUACCCCUAAUCUAUUUGCCUCUACCACCACCCCAAGUAUUACAUUCCACACAUUUAACACUACCUGUGUUUAAAAAAAACUUACCUCUGACACUCCCCUAUAUCUCCAAUCACUUUAUUAUAUGCCCUCCCAUAUUACCAUGCUGCCCUGGGGGGUGGGGGGAGUGUUGGCUAUCCACUCUUAUCAAUGCCAGUUGUCAUCUUGUACAUUUCUAUCAAGUUACCUCUCAUCCUCCUUCACUCCAAAGACAAAAACCCUGAAAGACAUGCUCUUCAAUCCAGCUUGCAUCUUGGUAAAUUUCCUUUGCGCCUUUCCUAUAAUGAGGUGACCAGAACUGAACACAAUACUCAAAGUGUAGUCUAACCAGGGUUUUACAGAGCUGCAACGAAACCUCAGAACUCUUGAACUCAAACCCAGCAAUGAAGGUCAACUGACUAUAUCCCAUCUUGACCACCUGGAAUGAUUGGCUCUAAGAUCUUCAACCAUCUGCCAUUGCCAUUGUCUGCUUUGAAGUAUCACUUGUAGACCAAUAAGAUUCUCAUGUUUUAGUACAGCAAUCAAAGCAAUCCCUGAAUGGGUAUAUUACUACUUAUUAAAACAAAAGUAAACUAUUAGUAGUGUCUGAAGUUAAUGUUGGGCUAUGUUCCUGUUUAAUUUAUGAUCAUAAAGAAGAGAUGAACAGGACUCAAAGUGCUUGUGUUUCAUGAAAUUCCUUUUGAAUAAGUCAAAGCAUUCAUUAAAAUGGCAGCAAAAGAAAUUUUGUAUUUGAUGUAGUUUCAUGGUGUUUAUGUCUAAUUCUGUAACCAUUCAAGGUACAGGUGAAGCAGAUGGAAUAGGUGAUGCGAACAAGUUUGUUACUUUGACAUUACUUUUGUGCAAUGAAAUCUGGCUUUUAUGUAGUUGACUUCCAAAUAGUUAACAUGUUAACUUGGAUGUACUAAAUCUAUGUAAUUUACUGCAUUUUUAAGUAUGGAUGUGGCAAAGAGUAGCAAAAUGCGUCAUACCCAAUAUACACUCUGUGGCCACUUUAUUAGGUACACCUGUACAUAAAUGCAAAUAUUUAAUUAGCCAAUCAUGUGGCAGCAACUCAGUGCAUCAAAGCAUGCAGACAUGGUCAAGACAUUCAGUUGUUAUUCAGAACAAAUGUCAAAAUGUGAAAGAAAGGUGAUCUAAAUAACUUUGACUGUGGAAUAAUUGUUGGUGCCAGAUAGGGUGGUUUGAGUAUCUCAGAGACUGCUGAUCUCCUGGGAUUUUCAUGCACAACGAUCUCUAGAAUUUACAGAGAAUGAUGCGAUAACAACAAUCAGUGAUCGGCAUUUCUGUGGGCAAAAGAUGCCUUAUUAAUGAGAGAGAUCAGAGAAUGGCCAAAUUGAUUCAAACUGACACAAAGGCCAGAGAAGGAGUCACAACAGUGAUGUACAGAACAUCUCAACACACGUCGAUCCUUGAAAUGGAUGGACUACAGUAGCAAAACGAACAUUCUGGGAGUGUCAGUUCUAUGAGGUAGAAAGUUCCAGUUCAAAUCUCACUUCAUUAAUCUGAGCACAAACAUCUAGUUCGACCGUUUUGCCUUGUGCAUUCCUGGCACUGUCAGCUGUAUGGCAUCUGAAACAUUAAAUCAAGUCAUAUCUCCCUCUGGAUGGAUGUAGAAGAUGUCAUGGCACUAUAUUUGGUGGGGAAGACUGGGAAAUUGUUUCUGGUGGUUGAACUUUAAUUUUUAAUCAAUGUAUUCAUGUACUGAUGUAUUUAAAGUACAUUAAUCUGUGGGGAGGACAGUUUCAACACCACUGUUGUGGGAUUGCACUAUAUCAAACUGACUGCCACGUUUCCUACAUUUUAAUAAUUAUACUUUAAAAGUUUAUUUGAGAGCUUCAGAAAAAUGGUCAAAAAUGCUUUUAGAUGGUGAAUCUUUAUCUCCAACAUAUAUCACUAGUAAUGGGUAGGACAGAACCAGAAGAAAAUCUGUGAACAAUUGCAGUUAAAUUUUGGGGAAAUUUCUUUUCAACUCCAGAAAGUAGUCAUGCAGGAUCUAGGGUGAUGUAGUUACUGAAAUUAUUGAGUACAAUAAUCAAAUGACUACAAAUUAUUAGGUAUUACACUUCAUCUGCAUCAGAAUCAGAAUCCUUUAUUGCCAAGUAUGAGGACACAUACAGGGACUUUGAUGCCGGUUUCCCUGAGCUCUCUGUACCGAAUUAAAAGCAAACAAAAACAAUAGUGCAAAUAAUCAUAAACUAUAUACAAUGAGGUCCCCCUCAAUGAAUGUACAGGUGGACUUGAUUUAUCCCCAUGGGGAGGCAUCCCCAUAGCCUCCCUUUGGAACUUUCUGAAGUCUUUCAGAAAUGUGGCACACCCACUUUAAUUGUUUCUACCUAAAAACUAUACCAGAAUGUGAUCAUCUGAUCAAAGCAAUGUCCUUCAUACACAGACAGCAGGUCACUACUUCAAAUUCAUAGCCAAAUAAACAGCUAAUCCUUUCAGAUUUUUUUUCCAACCUAUUUUAUUUGUCAUAGUCAUAGAGAUACAGUGUGGCAACAGGCCAUUUAGCUCUCCAGGUCCAGUUAUAGAGCACUACAAUACGGAAACGGUCUCUUUGGCUCAUCUGAUCAACCCACACCUGGACCUUAGCCCUCCAUACCCCUCCUAUCCAAACUUCUCUUAAGUGUUGAAAUCGAACCCAUAUCCACCACCUCAGCUGGCAGCUCAUUCCACACUCUCACCGCCCUGAGUGAAGAGGUUCCCCUUAAAUAUUUCACCUUGCACCAUUAACCAUGACCUCUAGUUGUUGUCUCACCAAACCUCAGUGGAAAAAGCUUGCUUGCAUUUGCCCAAUCUAUACUGCUCAUGUUGACCUUCAACCACCCUUUAAAUACAUCCUACUUCAAUUCCUAUUUUUCUUAUCCUACCCACCUUCCCUUUAAUUCUCCCAUUCAGUAUUUUUACUUACUCUAAUUAAGCAAAGAUAAAACAGCAAGAAUGUUUUGAAUAAAACUAAAGUAUGGGAUGUUGGACUCAGCCACAUCUUUUGAAUUCCAAACUUUCUCUACCAGUAUAGUUGGCAAUGGAUCCCCAGCAGCAAAAUAAUAUUUAAUGGCAUGAAUAUUGAAAAUGUGCACAAAUACUUGUUGGGCUGAUGACUUGUGAAUUAACCCUGCAAGAGUUCCACAUAUUAAACUGGACAGACCUCACAUUCAAAGUGAGCUUUGUAAGUUUAAAAUAAAAGGCUUUCUCCCCAUUUAUUCUUCUGUUGAUGGUAUCAAGUUUAAUUACUGAAUUACUUGCUAAUCAUCAUAGACAAAGAGCAUGGGAUCAGGACUUUUGGCCCAUCCAGUACAGGCUAGCCAUCGUGAAUUCCGUGAUCAAAGUGAACAAAACUGGUCAUAAUGUUUCUCUGUACCAAUCCCAACCCUUGACAGUGUUGGGUGGUAGUGGUGGGGGCACAUUAAGUGAUGUAGGAGGUAAAAUAUGGUAACCCAGGUCCAGAGUGCUAAGAAAGUGCCUGAUUGUAGUUGUACAGAUACCAGUAUUAGAAAGAGAACACAAUGUGACUCUUACAAUAUUUUUCAUGUACAGAAUGCCAGAGUGCAUUAAUGCUUUCAAAACUAGCCUAAGUAUUAGUGUUUACAUUUUUUUACCAUUUGUGCAUCUUUUUUGGAACUAUCUAGUUGCUUUUUUCUGGAAGACCUUAUUAAAUGUGCUUCCCUAGGCACCAAAGUUAUAUAUGUUUAACUCCUGCAAAGGGAAAAAACAGGAUCUGUUUACUAACCACUUGGAUCUCUGCUGUAAAUAAGAGAAUAUUUUUUGGAGGUUGUGGAUUCGGCCCCCCAACACACUAAUACUGUGCAGUAGUUGAAAAUGCUAGAACUGCACAGAGUGACCGUUAACAUUUGAAACCCAGGUUGAGUGAUACUUCAGGUGGCUUGCUUUAGUUGACAGUGGGCUGUUUUAUAGUUUUUUUUGUUCUAGAAUGCACAGGUUUUCUCUGCAAUAGCACGCUCCUGAGUGGUGAAGAUUGCCUUACUUUCAAAUGCUGUCACUGAACCUGUUUGACAGUUUGGGGGGUGGGAAGGUGUUAGAAUUGUGAGUGGUGCCUUUUAUAACUGUCUUAAAUAAACAAUCAAACAUUUUGAGCAACUGACCCAGUCACUGCACAUAGCUUUCUGUAUUCUGUACUGCUGAUGACAAGACUGUUUCUCUGUGAAAAUGCAAAGCCAUCAGUAUCUAUAUUCUGAUACAUGUAACUUAGUUUGGAUCUACUGUAUUUAAAUAAUCAUUGUACCAAUACUGCAGUAUCCUGCCCACUCCAGAAACUAUAUACUGCUGCUUUGAGUGGUUAGCUGAAAACUGAGGCGUGCGUGAUCUACAAAAUGGAUGAAAUGCUAAUUGUGUGAUUCUUGUAAUCAUUAUAUUGUGUAACAAUCUUGUAAAUGGUUGUUUUAUUAAAAAAGUCAACUGUAUCCUGA